AUGGCGCAGCAGUUGGGGACGCUGUAUUGUUCUGCAGGUCUUGAAGAUAAUCGAGCUUUAUUUGGGACAAAGAAGAGAAAUGUCGCCUCUGCUGUUUCAGACACAUGCUCAUUACAUAUAUUGCUCAGUAGAUGGACUCAAUGGUCGGAAGAUCCUCUCGGUGCACACUCAGUCUUUAUCAUGUGGGUAUCUGGCCCUUCAUUAUGCGAGGACUACUCACUGAUCUAA